CCGGCUCGGCCAAAAGCGAGUGCGCCGCCUGCCCCGAGCACGGGGCAGGACCGACGCAGGCGACCGCUGACUGCUGCGACCUGCGGCCCCCUCCCGAUGCGGCGCUUCGGCGCCUCCGGGAAGGGCCCGGCGGAGCCUCGGGAGGAGGAGAGGGCGCACAGUACUACAGUGUGCUCCUGUGCAUCCCGGAGGAGGCGGGGGCGCCUCGGGACGCCGGCGGUGCCCAGGUGCGAGGGCGACAGCGAACAGGACGUGCACGAGGACGUUCGCCAUCGCCUCACCGCCCGGUUGGCACUGCUUGCCCUGGCGCUGCUGGCGCUCGGCGGGCCCGCGGCCAACUACCUGGUCUGGACGCUGUAUGCGGUCAGCGCGCCCGCGUCCCUGGCCUUCGCGGCGUGGUGCGUCGCCGUGCGAGGGCGCUACCGCCCCGUACCGCUACACGCGUGGACGUGGCGCGUCGGGGCCGCCGGCGCCGUCCAUGUGGCCGGCCUUGUCGCCCACUCCUUGCUGGACCCUUGGUGCUACGGUGGCGCAGCGAGUGCGGCGUGGCUGAGCGCGUGCAGGGUGCUGUACGGCCCAGCCUACCUCGCGACCGUUACGAAUGAAUACCGUACCACCUGCUCGUGCUGA